AUGGGAGGAAGAGGAAUGCAAGACCUGCUGUUUAGUGUGUGUGGACUCAGCAUCCUGUCCACCAUUAUCUGCACCCUCUCUACCGUGAUCUGCUGCAUCCAGAUGUUCACUGUUGAUGUCCUGCACAUUCUGGUUCCACAGCGAUCCAGAUCCAUGAACCCAGAAUGCAACUCUCCUCAUGAUAACUUCCUGCGGCACAUGUCUGAUCCAGAUGAAUUUGUUCCACCUGUCCCACCUCCUCCGUACUAUCCUCCAGAGUACACGUGCAGCUCAGAGACUGACGCUCAGAGUAUCACCUAUAACGGUUCCAUGGACAGCCCAGUCCCCCUGUACCCCACUGACUUCCCACCACCAUAUGAAGCUGUCAUUGGGAACAGCACUGCCAGUCAGGUGACGGAUUUUGAUCACCAGCUCACCGAGAUCUCCAACUCCAGCUUCUGUGAACAGAUCCUGUCGACAGCUUUCAGCGGAGAAGGCUCCAUGGACAGUGGCUCCCUGAUGAUGUCUGAGAUUAUCGAUAUCCCAGAUGACAGCAGCUGCUCCGAAGAUUCCUGCCUGAUGGGAGUCCAAGGCUCCGUGGACCACAUCCGCAGCAGGAGCAGCAUGCAAAGGGGUGCUGAGACCUGCGGCCCCAGCCUGGAGGCUGAGCAGUACCCGGCUAACCUCAGAGCCUGUGUCAGGAGCGGCCGUUCCUUCUCCUGUAGUGCCUCCAACCGAUACUGCUCCAAGCAAGUCACUGGAGAGGACAUUCUCACUCAGAGCUGCCAGCGCCUGGAAGCAACAACUUCCUGUAGUCAGACUCAGGCGCAGGAAGAUUGGCUGAGCAGACAGAGGAACUGCUCUGACUCCUCUGACACAUCGGCCUUCCAGAUGCUGCCGGAUAAUUCAUCUCAAGGUUCCCAGCAACAGCGUCCUAGCCGACGUUACAGUGAGAGUUCCCGGCCACAGAGCCCACUGAGAAGCCUGGCUGCCUGCCCUUUAACCAGGUCAAAUAGUGACCCUGCUCUGUGUGUAACAAGUGACACAGUUCCAGGUGAAGGUAACAGAACCUCGAAAACCUCGGAGUGUGAAAGGUCCCAGACUUCCACAGACACAGCCCCCUGCUCUGAGGCCUGCCUGUUGCCCAGCUCUCGGCACGGCACGCCCGAGCUUCUCCGUCGGAUGCCACUCGGCAAACUCAGGCCCGCGAUGAAAGGCAAAGCCCUUCAGACGCUGUCAAAGGAAGGCACCCGCUCGCUCGGCGAUCUGAAGAUGUGCCGAGGCACCAGAGUACUUGUAGCGCGAUUCCUGCAGCGGUCGAAACGUAACCUCACUGUGGAACCAACGCACUCGCUGGCUGGAGCCGCUGGAAACAAACAGAGGACAGACAGAGGCAGUGGGGGAAGCAGCUUUGAGCAGGUGGCCCGGUCCCAGUUACAGAGCAGUAUGAGGCAGCGGGUCAGUCGAGAGGAGGGAAUUCACCUACGGAGCUGUGGCGAUCUGAGCUCCUCCACCUUCAGUCUGCGCAGACUCUUCUCCACUAGCCGUCUGGAGAGCAGUCGGCCACACAGCCUGAUCGGCGUCUACAGAGAGACUGUUCUCUAAUCAAAUAAACCUUCGACAGUCCCUCUCCCAGCGUACUG